AUGGAAGGCACACCGGGCACGGGUCGCCCAUCAGCAGACAUGGAGUCUCAGGAUGGACAGUCCAGAGAUGUAUCGACCUAUCCCUCAAACAAAAUACCACAGAUACUUCCACAUGAAAGAGUAUUUCCCAUUCAGAUCGGGUCAGAACUGUUCAAACUCUCUGGCGCCUCGAUAUCUUCGGAUGCGCCCUCUUAUUUCUCACAGUACUUCAAAUGCCAGAUCACACGGGCAGAGGAGAACGGCGAAGACAUGGCCAGCGCCAUCAAGACGCUGUACAUCGACCGCGACCCCUUGACCUUCAAGGACAUUUCUCUUCACCUGCAGGGCUACCACGUCACCCCUCGCGACGGGCAGCACUUUGUCCGCCUCUUCGCCGACGCCCAGUUCUACUCGCUGCCCAAGCUCAUCUCGCAGCUCUACGAGGAGUCCAUCUUCAUGUCCAUAGGCCACCGCGAGUUCCAGAUCCCGCGCGACAUCUUCCAGGACCCGGGCAACUCGCCCAACUUCUUCACCCUCGGCUUCGCCAUCUUCUUCUCCAACCCGGACGACCUCUUCCCGGGCCUCGACCGCUCGGGCCUCAUCCGGCCGCCGUCCAUCGUCCCGCCGUCCAUCCCCCACCGCAGCGCCGAGACCUUUGCCGAGAUCAUCCACCUCCUCCGCGGCUACCCCGUCAACAUCCGCGACGACGCCCACCGCCAGUCCCUCCUCCGCGACUGCCGCUACUACAACAUCAAGGGCCUCGAGCAGCGCCUGAUCCCCCACUCCAUCUCGUACAACCAGGCCCGCCGGCGCGACGAGAUCGCCCUGCGGCUCGAGGACAUCCUCAAGUCCGGCAUCACCGUCGUGCCCGAGCCCGCCCCGGCGGACCCCCUGGCCGGCUGGGUCAACUACGCCCGCCCCUACGUCGACGACCGGCCCGCCGAGCUCGUCCUCGAGAUCGGCGGCGAGGCGACAAAGGUCCACCUCGCGAGCAUGCGCGCCGAGUUCUUCCGCGACGCCAAGGCCCGCAUCUCGCGCCUCUUCGAGGUCGUCGCCACCAAGCUCAACCUGCCGCCCACGACGCAGCCCCUCGGCCUCCUCAUGGCCAAGGGCGGCGCCUCGAGCGAGCCCCCGACGCCCGGGAACACGCCCCUGAGCGAGGACCUCGUGCGCAUCAUGCUCGAGCCCGAGACGGCCAUCACGCUCGACGGCAGGCCCUUCGCGCCGCCCGAGGUCCUCGUCUCGGACGAGUCGGCCACCGCCGCCGCCGCCGCCUCAGCCGCCACCGCCGCGCCGCUGUCCGCGCCCUCGAGCGCGGGUGGGCUCGACUCUCCCGCUUCCGCAGCCGGCAGCGCCGUCUUCAAUCCGCGCAAGCGCCGGCGCGUCGAUGCCGGUCUGCUCGGCCAGGGCGCCGAGGAGUGGGUCGUGCGGAAGGGCCAGUGGCGGCUCCGCAUACAGUCUUCCAGGCACGGCAAGAGCGCCGUCGAGUGUGUCCUCGUGGCUGUCAAGCUGGAUGCCAUGAGCUCUGAGCACGCGAGGAAUGCUCAGCGCGGGUUCCUGAACUCAUGA